GAUAUUUCUGUUUCAGUCAAGCGAUGACCGUGCUUUGAUUAAGAUCAAUUGAAGUUUCUGUCCGUAUGUUGGCAUACACCAUGAAGCCUAUCAAGAGCAGUGUUGGUGCGGUGGCCCUCUUCGGGUUAAUAUUUAUGGUGGCACAAGGCAUCGUUGAACCGGCUAAAAUUUUAAGCAUCUUUCCAACCAUGUCAAAAUCGCACUGGAUACUGGGGUCUUCCCUUAUGAAAGAGUUGGCGCAGGAUGGACACGAGGUGACAGUGAUAAGUCCGUUCCCCUUGAAAAAUGCUCCCAAGAACUACCGCCAUGUGGAUGUCCCCUAUCGAACGCAAAUGUUCGAAGACAUCAUGGACGAAGUGUUUGAUAAAGUCGAUGACAGUAUCGUGGAAAAAUUGAUACAAAUGGGAGGUUUUAUGCAUGAGAUUACCAACACUACACUAGCGUCACCAGAAGUGCAAUCUCUGCUAAAAUCGGAUGAAACAUUUGAUCUUCUCGUGCUGGAAAUAUUCCUUAACGAUGCCUUUCUUGGCUUUGCCGAUCGCUUCAACUGUCCAGUGGUAGGAAUGUCGACCUUUGGCGCUUCAUCGUGGGUAAAUUCACUCACCGGCUCACCACAACCGCUAUCGUACGUACCGCAUCCGAUGUCGAGCUUCACUGAUAAGAUGAACUUCUGGCAACGGCUCGGUAACGUGCUGUUCACAGCAUUUGAUGAAACAGUGCUUAGUUUUAUGUGUGAUCCGAUACAGCAGAUGUAUUACAAAAAAUACUUUCCCAACGCUUCCCGAUCGCUGAACCAAAUGCGCCGAAACGGCGUCUCGCUAGUGCUGAUCAACAGUCACUUUAGCUUGAGCUUCCCUCGACCAUAUCUGCCCAACCUGAUCGAAGUGGGAGGAUUCCAUGUCAAUCGGAAAAUAAAUCCACUUCCUGAGGAUAUAAAAACAUUCAUCGAACAAUCCGAGUACGGUGUGAUCUACUUCUCGAUGGGAUCUAAUCUCAAACCAUCCAAAAUGGACCAGCAAAAGCGUAACGAUGUUGUCAAAGUGCUGUCCAAUCUUAAGCAAAACAUCAUCUGGAAGUGGGACGAUGAUACGCUCGUUCUGGAUAACAAGAAGUUUUUGAUCGGGAAAUGGUUCCCUCAGGAUGAUAUUCUGGCCCAUCCGAACGUUAAGCUGUUCAUCACACACGGCGGCCUGUUGAGUUGUACUGAAUCGAUCUACCACGGUGUACCCAUCGUCGGUAUACCGAUCUUUGGUGAUCAACUGAUGAACAUGGCACGUGCCGAACAAUCUGGAUGGGGCGUUGGGGUGGCUUACACGAAACUGAACGAACAAACGUUCCGUAAGGCAAUCACCGAUGUGCUCAAUGAUAAGAGUUAUGCCACAAAUGUGAAAACAAUCUCCAAAAGACUGAGAGAUCAACCGCUCGCACCUAUGGAUACGGCUAAAUUCUGGGUUGAGUAUGUUCUUCGGCAUGAUGGCGCGAAACAUCUUAUAUCGUCGGCGCAAGACCUUAACAUCAUACAGUAUAACAAUUUGGACGUGUACCUGUUUAUAGGCAGCGUUGUUGUACUGAUUGUAUUGCUAAUUAGGCUAACCGUAAAGAAGCUUUUUAGUAAGCUUUUCCGAAGAAAGGUAAAGCAAACGAGUGCCAAAAAAAGAAAUUAGAAAUCAUGAAAACAUAGAAUUUACACCCUAGCUGUACCCUAAUAUUGAUGUACAGAAAAUGUAUACCUUAGAUGCGUUGGUCAACGAGACAAAUUAAUUUCAAUGAAAAAUAAACACUACUUCUAUGGAAAAA